GCGGUCGCGAGCAAGGCAGCUGCCGCUGACUCCAGCUUGACUUUUUAACUCAGCCGCUGUGUCGAGGGGACCGAAAAACAGGAGAACCGUCCGAUUGUGGACACAACAUACGUGUAAAAUAACCUUUGUGACACCUCACGGCUCUUAAACGUGUGUCGUCUUCAUGCAGAGGGCCUAGGCUCAGGACGCUGCUGCUGCUGCUUCAGUAAAGCCAUGAUUGGAUGAAGAAAGAACCAUUGACUACCAGUAUGGACCUGCUCCAUCCUGGAGUUUUCCACCAUCCUUAGCUCUCAGAUCUGAGUCCACUUAACUCUGAACAGUGACCACAGCCAGUGUAUGACAGACCUGUCAGGUGAUCUGUCUGGUGCAAUGAUGAUGUCAGUAGACGUGACCAAUCGUAACAGCCCUGCCGCCACGCCCCCCACCUCACUCAGCCUUCGCUCUUCACACAACCAGCUCCUCACCAGCGAUGUCAUCAAACAAGGCUCCGCCACUCCUCCCAAAUGUCGCAAGAAGUAUGCGCUUACCAGCAUCCAGGCCGCCAUGGGCCUCGGUGAAGUGGUGCCGCCUUCAUCAGCAUCAUCAUCUCCAUUGCCAUCCCCGUCACAGUCCUCAACUCCCAACAAUCCCAAACUAGCAAAGAACGGGGCGAACCAGCUUCGUAAAGCUGGCCAGGACCACAACAAAAACACAACUGACCCUGAUUUAAUGGAUUCAGAAAUAGUAGCAGAUGACCUUAAUGUCAACGUGGCAGAGGAACAAGACAGUCACACUCUUACCAAUAAUGAUCGAGAGGAAGAUGCCGACCUUCACCCAGAUGCUCACAGUGAUGUAGAGGCUGAGCAGACGACAGAGCCUGACUUGGACUGUAACAUAAACACGACUGUGGAGCUCAAACUGAGCAGCAGCACGGCUGAUUUGGACUUUGACUCAGAGGACACCAAUGACAUCAGCAUCUUGUCUGAGAAGGAAAUGAUGUUAAAGAUGAAGAUCGAGGAAGAUGAGAUGGUGGGGGAAGAGGAAGAUGAGGAGACGAAACCUUUACUGACAGUAGACAGUGAGUCCCCUGUGAAGAACCACAAAGUUUCUCCAGGCCUGGAGCUCAUCUCUGACCUCCACUCCAACCUCAAGCUCCUCAAAUCUGGCAAGAACUCUCCAGUACCCCCUCCUCCUUCCCCACCCAAGCAAGCCAGUCCAGAAGACACUCCCCUGCUCUCCAUGGUCUCCUGCCCCUCCUCUUCCUCCUCAUCCUCCUCUCCAGAGACGAAGAAGGACAGAAGAACUGGCGCAAAGACAGACUGUGCCUUGAACCGCAUCCAGAAUCUGAACCCCAGUGACGAAGAGUUGAGCUGGACUACCUUGUCCCAGGAGAGCAACUCGCCAGAGGAGACAGAUAUUUGGAGUGAGCAGUCAUUCCAGACAGACCCCGACCUGCCUCCAGGAUGGAAAAAGAUUACAGACAUGGCUGGUAUCUACUACUGGCACAUUCCUACAGGCACCACUCAGUGGGAGCGGCCCGCCACUCAUCCACAACCCCCUGGACAGAUGGAGUCCACGGCCCUGGGUGACCACUCAGCCUCAACACCACGUAAACCUUCCCUGGGCUCACUCAGCCCCUCACCCACUCCAGACCACGAGUCAUGCCAGGCCGAGAUCUUCUUCAGGGGGUCGACUCGCUCGGGCAGCACCACCUCUGACAGCUCAGUGGAGCCUCUGUCCACUCACGAGCCCACACUCCCCACAUGUGGAUUUGUGAACAGCUGUUACUUUCCCCGCUCCACGUCUCUGCAGGGUGUGGAUCAAGAGUGUCGCUCUCAGCGUCACGAAGAUGAGGAAAAGAAACAGGUGUGGAGUGAAUUUGGCGGAAAAAUUGAUAGUGAAAUGUGGAAGGACCUGCAGGCAGCCACAGUGAACCCGGACCCCAGUCUGAAAGAGUUUGAGGGUGCUACACUUCGCUACGCGUCACUCAAGCUAAGGAGCCGUCCAGCAGCAGAAGAAGAAGAAUCCAGCAGUAUUAACAGUGACCCCGAAGCAAAGUGUUUCGCUGUGCGCUCUCUGGGUUGGGUGGAGAUGGCCGAGGAGGACUUGGCUCCUGGAAAGAGCAGCGUCGCUGUUAACAACUGCAUCCGACAGCUGUCCUACUGCAAGAACGACAUCCGGGACACCGUUGGCAUCUGGGGAGAGGGGAAGGACAUGUACCUCAUGCUGGAGAAUAAUAUGUUGAACCUAGUCGACCCCAUGGACCGCAGCGUGCUUCAUUCUCAGCCAAUCGCAAGUAUCCGAGUUUGGGGCGUUGGCCGGGACAAUGGCAGGGACUUUGCAUAUGUGGCGAGGGAUAAAAACACCAGGAUCCUGAAAUGUCAUGUGUUCCGCUGUGACACACCAGCCAAAGCCAUCGCCACCAGCCUGCACGAGAUCUGCUCCCGGAUAAUGACAGAGAGAAAGAAUGCCAAAGCGAUGGCAGGAGGCUCCCUCCAGGACAGGAUGCAGGCAGGACUCGAUCUCCCUUUACAAGCAGAGUUUCCCACACCAAAGACGGAGCUGGUUCAGAAGUUUCAGGUGCUCUAUCUUGGGAUGAUGCCUGUGGCCAGACCGAUAGGCAUGGAUAUACUGAAUGGAGCUAUAGACAGUCUGAUUGGUUCUUCCAGCAGAGACGACUGGACUCCAGUGGCCCUCAAUGUAGCCGACGCUACGGUCACCAUCAGCAAAGACAAGGAUGAAGAGGAAGUGCUGGUAGAGUGUCGUGUUCGCUUCCUGUCUUUCAUGGGCGUUGGGCGUGACGUGCACACGUUUGCCUUCAUCAUGGACGCUGGCGGCCAUCGUUUUGACUGUCACGUCUUCUGGUGUGAGCCCAAUGCUGGGAGUGUGUCCGAGGCCGUACAGGCAGCUUGUAUGCUGCGGUAUCAGAAGUGUUUGGUGGCUCGACCGCCCUCCCAGAAGGCCUGCGGUUCGUUGCCUCCCGGCGACUCGGUGUCCCGCCGGGUGUCGACCAGCGUGAAGCGAGGCGUCCUGUCUCUCAUCGACACCCUCAAACAGAAGAGACCUGUCACAGAGUUGCCACAGUAACCGUGGUGAAACACUACCGGCUUUCGACCACGGCCCCAAGUCACCAUAGUAACUCAACGCAUCGCUGCCAAAACCCGUCACCACCACAGACCCCAGUAGCCAUGGAAACGCAGUAAAACCCUUGGGUUUUUUGGGGGUGGGGGGUUUAACCUUUCACAACUCCUUCACUUGUUUGGAAGCAAAUUGGAAUUUCACCUCAAGAGUUAAUUGGCUCUUGAGCCGCUAUUCAAGUCUGUUUCCUCCAAAUAAGUGAGAAUUAAAAAGGCACCAACCCCACAUCUAAAGAGGACCACCUGAGUGCCGGCCAUGCAGGCGAUGGUGUACAUAGAAGUAGGUCUCAUUCCCCUCAGCUCACAGCAGCGGAGGAGAAGAGGGCAGGAACUGAAGAAGUAGGAAGUGAUCCUGUGUGCUGCUGCUGCAGCCAAACCGCUGAUCUCUCCAUGCUCUUUGUGCAUUUGUGUCUGUGCCUGUGCUGACAGCAUGACCUUUCACACCUGGCCACACUCUCCCUCCAACCUCAUCCACCUGGUUGUCCUUUUGCCCCUCCCCCCCGAGCUCUCUUGCUCAUCAUCUUCAGUAGACUGUAACCGUAAGAAGAUGAAAAGUUUCAUAUCAGUGGAUGAUCAUUGGAAGAUAAAGAGAUUUGUUUCAGUCUACACCCUCCAACCACUUGACCCUGCAUGAACUUUUUAUCUAAAUGUGAAUCAUUCUAUACAAUAUCAAUACACUGCUGCUGCUUUCAGAGACUCGAGGGUGAGAAAUCAGAAGUCGCACGGUUCGUUUAUCCUGUCUUAUUCGUUCUUUCUCAUCAGCUGUGCGAGAGUCAGCCCCGGAGCGUCUGAACGAGUGGUGACCUUUCACCCGAAACAUCCUUCGCGCAUUUCCUUGUUUACGUUGUUAUUCUUUUCUCAUCCCUCUAGGAAAUGACAGAAGAUAGCCAUAACGGAGGACGAGAUGGGGGCGGGUGGCGCUGACCCUCUCUCUCUCUAGUACAGUGCUGCUCCAAACACAGGAGACCUUCAGCAUGCUGCUGCUCUUUAAUACACAUGUUGGAGGAAGUUUGACGGAUUAUUCCUUUAAAUCCCACCUCAGUAUCAGUCAUCAGACUUCAUUUAAACUAAUAAAGAUCAUAGGUGGCAUUAAAAAAACAAAACAAAAACAAGCCUGGAGGAAGACUUGAGGAAUGUGUUUUUAUACCUGGGUGUGGUUGUGAUGAUUUUUAGUCCACAGCUUAUGUGAACUGUGAUUUGAGAAAAAGAGAGGACAAUUUUCUCUUGAGCUGUGGAUGUUUUCUAGAGGAAAGCCACCAGAGAGAUGCGUUGACUCAGACGGACGGACUUUAAUGGACUCUAUAUCGGUCUGUCUCCAGGAUUGUGUUCAGCUGAACACGCCUUGUGUUUCCUUACUCACUGUACGUCUGAUUUCAUCAGUGUAAUGAAACCGCUCGUUCUGUGUCUGUGUUGUGCAGAGUUCCAGUUUCACCUGCUAGCUCCUUAUUAUCACAUAUCUGACAAGCUUGGAUGUAUGGUAAUAACUAAUGAAGUCCUUUAUGUCACCUAAAAAUCACGUAAGAUCCUCACAACAACGCAUCUCCCUCCUGGGUGUGGGGCAGCAGAUUAAUACUGUUAGGUGACCCUUUGCUAAACCCCCUGAUUACAGCCUGUCAAGCUUUGGGUUUACUCUCCGCUUGGGUUUCCUUUCCAGACGAUGCUGCUACAUCAGAGCUCUGUAUUGUGUUUGUAUUUCAACCUGCUGCAGUAUGGUGGUACAUUUUUCACUGUGUGUACCUGAUUGGUUAUCCUGGGACUAAGAAGGUCCGUGCAGAAUGGAUCAUGGCUCACUUUCUGCUGAGGACACCAACUUUUAUGCCAGAAGCAGUAGACGAGCCUCUGACAUUUAGCAUGAUAUUUCAAGCAGCUGGUUCAAAAUGACUGCCUAAUGUUAAAACAACAGCCGGAUUAAAAAAUAUGGUCCAACUCUUCAUAAAACAUAUAAAGUCUGUUCAUGACGUUCAUCAUUUUUAGGGUCCAAAAUUGAACAUUUGCUGGUUAGCAGGAGAUGCUAGUCUGCGCGUAAUACGCUUUCAAGAGUUACUGCAGAUAUGUGACGCAGCAUGUAAAAAUCUAAAGUACAAAAUUCAUUAUUAUUUUUGCUUUAACUAAAAUUUCAAAACUUCCAGAUUAAUACUGCACAAUUCCAUGAUUUCUUUUUGUAAGAUGAAGAUUUUGAAGAUGUCGAGCUGCAGCCGUCCCUUGAAUUGUUUGUGGUUCAGUAAAUAUGCACAAGUUCCCAGGAGGAGAUGCCUUCAUAUCCGGAAUGACAUCCCAUAGUUGGAAAAGAUAAAAACAAACAAAUCUUCCAAAUCAAACACAUGAAGCUACCUGCUGUGAAUAAGGGAGCAGUAACAAUUGUAUCACAUUCGUAAAAGAAGUUUACCUUAUGGAGACCCAAUGCAGAAGUCACCAAACUUCUCUGGUUGACCGUCCAGGUCAGUUCUCCGGGUGGGUGCGGCUGUGCUGAGUGGAGGGUUUCCCCUCGUAGCUGUGAGGCGUGGACACCUAAGUUUGUGAGUGCGAGAACGAGGUGACGUAGGAUUUGAUACCAUAGCUGCAUCUACUAAAAGUCUCGGACAAGUUUGAAUAUCAGUCACCUUGACGUCAAGGUCAGAGGUCAAGUUUUCAGAAAAUCUUGUAAAUGCGAUAACUUGAGAACGAGGUGACAUAGGAGUUUCAAACUAGGUACAUCUACUAGGAGGCUGAGUUGAAGUCACCGGUAGUUUCCUUGACUUGUGAGAUUCCCGGUCUUCGUCUUUGCCUGUUUUUGUUUUGUUGUUUUUGUUUGUGCUGCGUCACAUUUCUGUGAUAAAUAAGUGGCUGCUGCCUAAAGAGACCUUAAAAAAACAAAGAAAUGCUUGACAGGGGCUGAGGCAGUAACUUGAGGGGGGCGGGGCUUAGCUAACGGUCAGCAUGUUGUCUUGCACUUCGUCUGUUGGCUCCACGGGGGAACGCAAAGAAACUAUUUUAGUAACGGAGAUGAUUUCUUCUUUUGUCACAAGGAUGCUGAAAUGUGAACGAGAUGACAAAAACUUUGUGUACAUAAUACCCAUUUCAUGUAACAUUUGGCAUUAAUCAUCGUUAUAAGCUAUGUUUUUCUUUUUUUUUGUUUUUUUUUUUGCCUGUUAUUUUCCUCUAAUGAAAUGCCUUUUUAUUUUUUUUUCUAUUUUUUGAAAAUUCACCAAAAGGCCAAAGUGUAAAAUACUGAUAUACAUUGUAGAUAAAGAAAAAUACGAGAGCAAAUAAUGAACACGGAGGCGAUCGGAAACGCUCACAGUUGUCAGUUAAGUUGAUGCUGAAUUUAACUUAGCAAUUAUCUAUGCAUUCUUUUGAUCUGGAGAAAUGGAAAGUCAUGAAAAGUCUUGCAUGCUCUGAGAUGGUUGAGAGAGAGAGAGAGAGAGACUGUAUGUAUUGAACAGAAAUAUUUUUUAUUUUAUUUAUUCUAUUUUAUAAAAGGUAUAUACUGAUUUUUAUUAGUUGGGGCAAGUAAAGUCUCAUGACUGUCAUCGUCUCAGUCCCCGGUUAAGUCACAACGCUACAACAAGCUCCGCUUUGCAGAACACAGCAGGUUAUGGAUUAUAUCUUCACCUUGUACAGUGUACCGAGAGCUGGGAGUCCACUGCUCCGUCUGAACCGCUGACCGGAGGGUGAGGAGGAAGAUUGUAGCAGCAGUGGACUCCUUGCAUCUCUUGUCAGUCUUGCACAUAAACAACGCGCGCACACACACACAUACAUAUACACUAUCCAUUUCCCACUGAUGGAUGUGUCUGCUUCCGUUUGCUGCUCACUGAUUUGUACACUUUAUCAAUGUAACCAAUUGUGAGAAUAAACAGCAUUAUAAAACCUGUG